AUGAAGGAGAGGUUUGCUCUCCUCCUGUUCCUAACAGCAGGAUUAAUUCAUCCCGCGUUGACGCAGGAAACGGCGGGAAAUGGGGCCAACUCAUCCAUACCGAUCUGGAGUCUGACGACCGAGGUCAAUGCUUUCAGCUCAAAUCUAUGUGGAGCCACAUUUGAGGAUACGAAUGCAACCGGCAUCACUUACAUAAAUCCUAAUGUACUGCAAGGUCCUCAGCCAGGGCAGGAGAAUACAUCCGGCAAGACGCUUCAAUCGGGACUGGCCGUCACCAUACAAGAUUCAAGCGGCUCGAGCAAUACGUCCAACUCGACAUCUAGUAGCUACGGUCUCUGGUACAACACGAAUGGUGCCAACUACUCUGGGAACUUCGCGCUGGGCUAUGAUGUAUGCGCUCUGAUAGGAUUCUCACUAAACUACAACUCCAAGCUAAGAGGACAGGAAGAUGAUGGAACUUGCUCUUCGGCACUGGAUUCAACAUGCAUAUCAGAUAUAAAAGCCGUGACUCAACAAUGGGCUGAUUGGCUGACCACACCAAACACAAUUGGACCUGGGACCAACCUCACCAAUUCUACCUUGCCUACACUAUGCAACACCUUGGCCGCUAGUGUCAAGGACAACUUUCCAGCAUCGUGCUCUUACUUCUUCCAAGACUCCGGCCUGGAUGGACUAGGCUGGGCCCUGACGAGCAAUGGGAACAACGACGCCUACGACACAAUUCUGGACAACAACUGUACGAUCAAUGGAACAUGGCAGAGAGCCGUGACUUUAUACGGCAACAAUUCACGGUCGAUUUAUACCGCUUGGGCUCAAACCAUCACUCCCGUCUUAUUCGCCUUCAUGCCAGUCGCGGAUUCUUCAGCCACCACACGAAUCUCGAGUAGCGUGGCCGAAUUGAGUUGUUUGCGCAUCAACAACAUCAAGGAAGGGAGCUACAAACCUCCCAGUCUCCCCGAACCUACACCUAUAGCCUACAACACCACCGAAACCGCACUUCCUCAACCAACAGAUUCCGGCCAGGGGUCAUCAGAACAAAGUCUUACCGGGGGUGCCAUAGCAGGUAUAGCAAUAGGGGCCGUUGCAGGUGUUGCGGCGAUUGCUGGUGGGUUAUUCUUCUGGCUGUGGCGAAAGAGAAAGGCUCGGAGAAAUAUUACGGCUGGUGAAAAUGGGACGAGUCAGGAGCAACCAGCUCGCGAAAAGGCAGAACUUCCAGGUGAAAGCCACAGGCAUGAGCUGGCGGGACCUGGACCGAGAGAGUUGGAAGGGAGAGAUGCAAGGCAUCAAUUACCUGCGACGGAAGAGGAGGGAGGGAGGGAUAAUCGGCAGUGGCUGGAUGGCUUUGAGAUAUCAAAGGAUAAAACUGAGAAUCAAGGGCCUGUAGAAUUACCGUAG